AAUGGGCUGAGGAAGAGGGGAGCUAUAACAGUGUGUUAGAUAAGGUACUUCUUCGUUUGGAUGGGCUACAAAGUCCCGAAGAGAGCAGACCACAAGAUAGGCCUGAAGAGCCAGAGUCAAAUUGCAAGAGACAAAAGGUCUGUUCUUUAUUUUUAAAUAUAUAGACAUAUAAAAAGACUGGAUUAUUAGCUUUCUCUGUUUAGUGACUGUUGCUGAUUGGAUGGCCAGGAGGAAUUUUAGAUCUAUUGGUGAAAUUUUGAUUUAAUUUGUAUGACCUUAUCUGAAAAAGAAUGUCAUGUUAGGUCUUUUUACCAGUAUUGUGAACACUGAGCAGACAUACACAGACAUGUUGCAGAUAAAUGAGAAAUGAUAGGACCAUCAUGCAUAGGUCUGAGGGUUUCUUUUCUUUUUGGUUCUCUUCCUCACUCCCUCCUUCUAAAGUCCCCUUCUCCACCGCAUCUUCAGGUAUUGUAUGAAGGUCUCAACUUUCUUGCUAAUCACAACUUUGAAAAGAAAAUAAAAGAAAAUUUUCUAAAACCAAAAAAAAAAAAACAUCAAUCGAGCCGUUACAUUUGAGCAUUGUCCUUUGAUGUUCAUGAUUUGAUUAGCUACGAUACCCAUACAAUCAUAAGCAACAUUCCCUAAUCCUUUUUCCAUUAAAAUAGAAUCAGGUAUGGGAGAAACUUUAAAGAGGACCUCAAGGAAGGACUUAUGGGAGAAACUUUUUCCCUAAUCAUAGUUUAUUCAAGUUAUUCCCUUCCCUCCCUUUUUUGACCUUGCAUUUAAGAACUUACCUAAGAUGUCAAUAAUAAGUAUAGGUCAACCAAUAAGUUGCAUUAAUUUACAAUGUAUAUAUACUCCAGGUUUUUGUUGUACAAUUUUCUUUUUAACUUUUUCACGGACUUUAUGUUUUAUAUCUCCUCAAAUGUAUUGGCGACAGGAUAUAUUCUAGCUAGUGUGAAUAUCCUUUAUUUAUUUUGAAAAGCAAUAUAUAUUUUCAUCAUAAUAUAAUUGUUUUAGGUGCAAGCUGUAUAUGAAAUGAAGCUCCACUACUAUCAAAUGAAUGAUGAAUCGUGAGAAAAAAACUCAUCCCUUCAUCUUUUGAUAUUUCCAGGGCCAUCACAAAUAUCUAGUUGUCUUUAUUUUGAUAAGGUUGUAUGUGCUAAAGAAAAAUAAUUUGAAAUAGAUUGAUUUAGGGGAUGUUUAUGGUUCUUAGGAAGAUAGGGAUUAGGAACAUGGGAAGUUUGGGAGGGCUGAGAAAAAGUAAAUUAGGUUCUUCGCUGAAGUUGAAGCAUGAACCUGAGUGGGUCAAGUUAAUUUAGUUACCUUGAUUUGGAAUGGAACAAAUGAAUCUGCAUGAAGAAGCCAAUAGCAGACCUCAAACCCUCCCAAGCUCCUUGAAGCUCAGCUUUGUGACCGAACAAUUACAGAAAGAUGAGGCCCCCAAGAAGCAAAGCCUUUCCUUCAUAAUCAUGCACAACAAAACCAGCACUCGCACCAUUGGUCUCAACACCUCCAUCAAAAUUUAUCUUGAAGACACCUAACUGUGGGGGACUCAACUGACAAGAAGAGGAGAUAAAGUUUGGUGAGCACCACAGAGCAAUCCCCAUUGAGUCGAAGUUGCAACAGUCAAUGAAGAUGUUUUGGAUCUCUCAGGAAAUUCAUUAAAUAAGUUAGCAGCUUGCCUAUCGAUCAGCCUUGGAGUAGUAUAAGUAGACUCACGGCAGUGCUUGUUUCUAGCAGGUCAAAUUCCAUGGGCGGUGUAGCGAUAUAGAUUUAUGCACCGACAUGACAGGGGUACCAAGUCCUCUUGGUUUGAAUUUAUGCAAAAAUCAAACUUUCUUGGAUCUCAUUCAUAUGAAGCUAUGUCAGGAGAAGACCACUCCUCAUAAUGAACCAACUGUGAGUACUAAUAUAGAAGAACAAAAAACUAGAAAUGAUAACUAUAAUACCCAACCUACACCUGUGAAAUGGAAGGCUUCAAAUUUGCCUGCAACAAAACUCAAGAUCGGCUGUUGGGAGAGAAAGUCAAGAAAUGAAGGUGAUAUUGUAGCUAAGUUUUACUAUGCUAAGCGAAAACUUGUGUGGGAGAUAUUAGAAAAUGGAUUGAAAAAAAAGCUUGAGAUCCAAUGGCCUGACAUCUCAGCAAUCAGAGCACGUUUCAUUCAGGAUCAACAUGGCAUUCUGGAAGUUGAGUUAAGGCAGCAGCCCGCGUUCUUUAAUGAAAUAAAUCCACAGCCAAGAAAGCAUACUAAUUGGGAAGCUUGUUCUGAUUUUAGUGGAGGGAAUGCAACCAUAUCCAGGUGGCACUAUCUUGAGUUUCUAGAAGGAACUUUGGAGAAACAUUAUGAAAGGCUUUUAUGUAGUGAUAACCGUCUAUUUAUGAUGAAUCAGAGAGCUUUUCCGAGCCUCAAUUCUUCAUUUUUUGGGACUGUUAGUAGUGAGAUGCAAGAUAUAGGCAUGCUCAAACCAAGAUUUCCAUCUUUGUUCUAUCAACCAUCCAGCAACUGGUAUGCGCCUCAUCUACAUCAUAUUAACAAUCAAGGGAGUAUGAAUGCUCCUACUUGUAUCAGGACUUUUGAAUCUCUUGGUCCAUCAAUCUGUGCCAACUAUUCAGUUUCACUGCUGAAAACAACAGCUGGAGCUAUACAAAUGAAUUCACCAAGUUCAGUCAUCGAGUUCCCACCAACUAUGGAUCAAGCUGCAAGUGCUUGGAAUCCAAAGACAUCCAACUUGCACAACUUUGCACUUAACAGUGCCAAUGCCACGGUGAACCCUAUCCCGAACGGAAUGACUCAACUUUGCAAUCAAGAAAUUCAAAGUUUGAGAAGGGUUGAUGGCAUAAGAGAGCACCAAACCCAAAAACUAUCCUUGGGUGCCUAUCCGGCCCCAGCUCCUAAUUUUCUUCCUGGACGCAUCUCUGCUGAUAACUUAUUAACUCAUACAGCUGAAACAGAAAAUUUCCAUGCUGGCAUACAAGAUCUACAAUCAAUUGAGGAGCAAUUAUUGAGUGACUCAAGUGAUCUGGAUGCCUGUGUCUCUGAUGAGUCCAGGCUUCUCUCCAAAGUCAAAUCUAUUGGGUCACUCCUUUACUUAAUGGCAGCACCGGACACACAACCAUAAUCCUAUAGUGGAUUGGAUGAUGGUGUCCAAAGUACUGAUGGCACAAACUCUAUAUUAGAAUCGAGGGACUCCAAGCAAUUUCAGAAGUUUGACCAUGUUGACUCGCAUUCUAUGUCAUAUUCAUGAUAGACCAGUAUGGCCUUGUUCCAAUUGUCAAUGACUUCAGAUUUCGGGAGAGGAUUUUCUUGGGGCUCAAGUGCAGUCUUUUUGUACUCUGUAGGGACUAUAUGAGAGUAUAGCUUAGAUUAGAUCGUCUUUGAUAUAAAUCUCAGGAUGUGGAACCUACUGGACUAGAAUUUGCAUUAGGUCCUUCUAAACUAGAAGAUUGGAGCGUCUCAAACCUUGUCUUCUCUUUCUUACCGAGAUAAUCUCGAUUUUCUGCAUCUUUUACAUUCAGAUAUCAUUCAUUUGGUCAUUUUUAAGCACAUGAUUGGAAAAUCUCUAACCUCUUGAUCUCUUCUUUAAUGAGAUAUUAUCUGCAUUUUGAUGCACCUUUAACUUUUUGUUUUUUAUGGGAACUGUUCUUCUGCCUUCUAAUGUGAUAUUUUGGAUUUGCUGUGCCUUUUAGAUUCAGAUAUCAUUCUCCAUUUCAAAUAAGUUAUUGCACUUCUAAAAUGGACAGGCUUAGGCUGUACGAGUAUACAUCUUUAUGAAUCACAAUUAUUCAUUCAAAAAAUUAACACCGUUCUAUUGGAUGCUGGAGAGUAUUCCAUUACUACGUGCUUAAAACUAACCU